AUGUAUGCAGACAGGGCUUCCGCAGGCCCAGCUCCUUCGAAUUUCGCAGUAGCCGCGAUCGGCUGGGAGCAGAGCAGGUGUCUUGGGUCACGAGCGAACCCGCGUGUACAAGUUCGACCUCCUCGUUUGUCUGCACGCGUCCCAGCGCGGGGACAUCCCCAAGGUGCAGGCGGCCUCCCACCCGCGCACUCGGUUCAUCUGAAAGGUGAUUGUCCUCCACUCCUGGUGUGUUUGCAGAGGGGACAGGAGGCUUGGGCUGGUCCUGUCCCCUCUUCCGUCCUCCACACCGAUCUCUUCGAGACACAGGAGCGGGAGAAAGGAGAACACAUCUCGGAAGGCCUCUUCAGACAUCACCGGGCUAACAGGGCCCCCAGCGGCGGGCGCGGACCCCAACGUUGGAGACACUCGCGCGCCCUCGCCGUUGCGCUGCGCGGAGCCGGCGCCGGGGCCGCGCGCGGGGAAACGCUGAACCUGGAACCCGGGACGGCCGCGCGCAGGGAGCCCAGGGUCGGGGCCGCGCGCGCGGAGCCGGGCCGCCCUCGCGAGCGUUUCUGGAGGCUGGAAGCCCAUGACCAAGGCCAUUCAGUUCCUGUGACAGCUCUCUUCUUGGCUUGCAGAUGGCCGUCUCCUGGCUGUGCCUUCACAGGGCAGAGAAAGAAUGGGCUCUUUGGUGGCUCCCCUGUAAGCCACCAAUCCCAGGGGAUCAGGGCCCCGCCCUUACAACCUGAUGGACGUCCAGGGUUAAACUCUCGCCCAAUUUCUAAGACAAGUGUUUCUGAGGACUCCACGGCCUGGAUUCCAGCUGCGCUCUGAGCUCUUUUACCGACAGGGUCCAGAAGCGUAGGACAGGUUGUAGGUGGC